AUUGCGACAUUAAAUAUACUAACAACAUCAACCUUGAACAUUCUUUAUACGCGCCAUCGAGUGGAAGUCGUUCACCAUGGCGGAAGAUGAGCAGGCACCGGUAUCAGCAGGCGGUUUCCCUACGGACCCAGCAGACUUCGAUAGCGACCCGCGCAUCUCCUUCUCCAAGCUUGACAAUAAAUUUAUUCUAGAGACGGAAGACGGCCAGGAAUACGAAUAUGAUACUGCGCUAAAGCGAUGGGUGCAAACUAUCGAUGAUGCAUUACUGGAACAACAGCGACAAGCGUAUAAGGUUGAAGGAGUGGAUGAGGAAAAGGAAGUGACACGAUCCCAGCUACGGAAGAAGAAACGAAAACAGCCUGAUGAUGAGAACGGCCAAAAACCAAAAAGACAGCGCGUCAACACCGCCGUAUACAUAACCUCCAUCCCCCUCGACGCAACCCUCGACGAAAUCCGCGACGUAUUCUGCAAAUGCGGCGUAAUCGCUGAAGAAAUCGACAGCGGCCGACCACGAAUAAAAAUGUACAUGGAUGAAGCGGGGAAUUUUAAAGGUGAAGCGCUCGUGGUGUACUUUCGGCCGGAGUCGGUGAAUCUAGCGAUACAGAUGUUGGAUGAGUCGGAUUUUCGGAUAGGACAGUCUGGUCCGUCGGGGCCGAUGAAGGUGCAGGCGGCGGAUUUUUCGUUUAAGAGUCAACAGGAUGUGCCUACGAGUACGAAUAUGCGGGAUAAGAAGAAGAUUAUGAAGAGGACGCAGAAGUUGAAUAGUAAACUUGCCGACUGGGACGACGACGAGCCUUCUGCGGUACUGGAUACGAGCUCGCGGUUCGAUAAGGUGGUGGUCCUAAAACAUAUGUUUACACUUGAGGAAAUUGAGAAAGAUCCCGCCGCUAUUCUUGAUAUCAAACAAGAUAUUCGCGACGAAUGCUCCAAGCUAGGCGAUGUCACUAAUGUUGUCCUCUAUGAUCAAGAGCCUGCAGGAGUGGUGACGGUGCGAUUCAGCGAUCCGGAAGCUGCCCGGCAGUGUGUAAAAACAAUGGGAGGCAGAUAUUUCGGCGGAACUCAGGUCGUCGCAUAUAUUGCCGAUGGCUCUGAGAAAUUUAAAAAGACUAACGAGAAGCGAGCAGCGCUGGAAGAUCUGGCUGAGGGUCGUGAUCCGGACGAAGAAGCAGAUCGGCUAGAAGAGUUUGGAUCGUGGCUGGAAAAUCAAAAGGAGAGCGAGCGCGUGGUGGAAAGUUUUGCUCGAUGAGGCUUGUCUUGUAUCUGUAUCACUAGUAGUCGAGUUGUCUGCUGUACACUCUCUGUACAGUGUAUAGUCUUGGCUAGAGCUGGUGGGGUGCAUAGUGCCUGAGGCUUGCACUAACCUGGCUUAGCUGAUUGGCUAGCGUGCUCUGUUUUCUUUGCUCUGUAGUCUGUAUGCUGGACGAAGUAUCUGGCAAAGAUGAUAUUUUGGAUUGUUCA